AUCUAAGUAAAUAUCUAGAUAUGUAUAUAUGUUCAUAGUGGAUUACAAAUUCACCUCAGACACUGUUUAGUGCAAGUUAUACUUUCAAAAUGAAGCUAACACAAGCUUUAUUGAUUUUCCUUAUUUCAUUCAUAUGCCUGACAUUUGUACAAUGCGACGGGGAAGAAGAGCCUCAAUCGCAGCCACCUAGACAUACACGAGGAAAGCAUCCAAUUUUGAGGAAAGUAUUUCUGACGUCACCACAAUGGAUGCACAUACCAUUCUCCGCCAUUGGAGGUAUUGUGUCAUACAUACUAUACCACUUCUUCGGUUAAACGAAAGUAUGGAGGAUUUCAAUAUUGAACACUUUACUAUGCAUAAAUAUCUGAUGGAAAUUUAUGUAUUUUGGUUAAAAUGACAUAAAAAAGACUUAAUUAAAAUUGUAUGCUCACUCAUUAAACUUCAUUGCAUUAGAGUGAUGAUAGUUUUAUGUAAUAAAUUUGUCAUGUGUUUUAUUUAAAAUAAGCUUUAUGGAAGGGAGUAGUAUUAA